AUCUGACCCUGGUGUCAGUGCCUGGGAGGUCAGCUCUGUUGAACAGACUGGGGGCAAUCACUUCAGUCCACUCUGUAGGGAAGGAUUUGCUUAGAGAGGUUAAAGGGAGUCCUGCUGAGAGAGCCUUCUGGAGCAUCAUGGGCCUGGAGAGGACGCUCUCCCCUUCUUUGUUCAUUGUGUUCCUUCUGGGCACUGUACUGCACUGUGCUCCCAAAGUCUCAGGGGCUGUGAGGGAAUAUUAUAUUGCUGCUGUGAUCACAGACUGGAGCUACACCAAUCAAUAUAAACACAGUUCAGAUUCUAUAUACAAGAAGAUUAUUUAUAGAGAAUAUGAAGCAGGAUUUCAAAAGGCAAAACCGGCUAUGGAGUAUUCAGGUAUUUUGGGCCCUACAUUGCAUGCAGAAGUUGGAGACAUACUACGAGUUCAUUUUAAAAAUAUGGCUAAUAAAACGCUAACUAUUCACCCCCAAGGUGUUGCUUAUGGGAAAAAAUCAGAAGGGGCCAAAUAUACAGACGGCACUUUACCUUUUGAAAAGCUGGAUGAUUUUGUUCUACCGGGACAAACUUACACUUACAACUGGGAUAUUACUGAAGAAAUAGGACCCAAAGAAUAUGAUCCGGCUUGUCUCACAAAUAUUUAUUACUCCCAUGAAAACAUGGUGAAAGAUUUUAACUCUGGAUUGAUUGGUGCAUUGCUUAUCUGUAAAAAAGGAAGUUUAAAUGAAUUUGGAAAGCAACUCAAUUUCAAUAAAGAGUAUGUUCUGAUGUUUGCCGUAUUUGAUGAAAACAAAAGCUGGCAACAUUUAAAUAAUAAAGAACACUCUGUGAUGUAUACUAUCAAUGGAUACAUCAAUGGGACAAUUCCAGAUAUCUCUGCUUGUGCUGGGGACACGGUGAGCUGGCAUUUGAUAGCAAUGAGCUCCGAACCAGAAUUUUUUUCUAUUCAUUUCUUUGGUCAAACAUUAGAAGAAAACCAACAUAAGGUUUCAGUAGUUAGUCUUGUUGCUUCUUCAUCCACGACAGGCAACAUGACAGUAUACCAGACUGGGAAAUGGUUAAUAUCAUCUUUAGUUGAAAAGCAUUUUGAGGCUGGAAUGCAUGGAUAUAUUGAUGUGCAGAACUGCAAUGAUAAGGGAUACAUAGCACCUAAACUGUCAUUUCUUCAAAAACGACACAUUAAAAUAUGGGAGUACUUCAUAGCAGCAGAGGAAGUUGAGUGGAACUAUGUUCCUUCGAAUGUAGAGAACACAGACAGGAUAAACUGCCAACAAAAGUAUAAGAAAGUUCAAUACAGAGCAUAUACCGAUAAAACAUUUACAAAGAGCUUGACGGGAGGGCAGGAGGGCAUUCUUGGGCCUGUCAUUAGAGCCCAGGUCAGAGAUAACAUUACAGUUGUUUUCAAAAACAAGGCCAAACGGCCUUACAGCAUAUAUCCCCAUGGUGUGUCGGUACAAAAGGCCUAUGAAGGUGCCAGCUACCCACCUGACAUAAGAGGGAAUGAAACACAAAAUCAAGCAGUAAUGCCAGGAGAAACGGUGACAUAUUACUGGAAUAUUCUUGAAAUUGAUGAACCUACGGCGCAAGAUCCCCGUUGUUUAACAAAGAUGUACCAUAGCGCUGUUAAUAUUACAAAGGAUAUUGCAUCUGGCUUGAUCGGUCCGCUCCUUAUUUGCAAACCAAGGUCUCUGAAUAUAAGGGGUGUGCAGGAAAAGGCUGAUUUGGAACAAAUUGCAAUGUUUGCUCUGUUUGAUGAAAACAAAAGUUGGUACCAGAAUGAAAAUAAGCAUAAGCAUUGUCAUGCCGUUAGCAACGAUCAAACAGAGUUCUACAGCCCUAAUAUUAUACCCACCAUAAACGGAUACGCUUUUGAAUCUGAGCCUUUGGGAUUUUGUCAUAGCCAGGUGAUCAACUGGCAUAUUUCCAGCGUGGGUGCCCAAGAUGAAAUAAUUGGAGUACAUCUCACAGGCCAUACCCUCAGAUACAAGGGAAAAAGUGAAGAUACAGUAAAUAUAUUCCCAAUGAGCGGUGAAAGCAUGUCUGUGGAUAUGGAAAAUUUUGGAUUAUGGCUGUUUGGGUUGCUUGGGUCUUCUAAAAAUAAACAGGGAUUGCAAUUGAGAUUCAGUGAUGUCAGCUGUUUAGAGAAAGAAGACGAUUAUGAUGAACCGGAUAUACAGUUUGGACUGAGUGAAGAAAUAAGUACAAAAAUAGAAGGCCCUACUGCACAACAUACUCAAACUGACUACAGUGAAGAAGAUGACGUAAAAAACAAUGAAGCGCUAGACUACACAGAUAAUUUAGCUAUUAUGUACCAGAUCCGGUCAUUUAGAAACAAGACAGAAACACGAGAAGAAGGUGUAAAUCUUACCGCUUUGGCCAUAGAACACACCAAUGAAAGACUGAUCAAAGACACAGGUGACUAUAGUAGCUUAAAUAUUUCAGAUGAAUAUGACAUUGUUCCUAUCGAGGACAAUGAACAUUUUAAUUUGAAUCCAAUGUCUGAAACAGACAAAGUUUUAAGUGAAGCAGAUACAUUAACAGAAGAUGGCUUACCCAAAAUACCAUCUAAAGAUGAAGAUCACUUGGAGAAUAUUGUGUCUAAGGAGACUAGUAUGGAAAAGAAAAACGCCACAUUACAUAAUCCUUUAGGAACUGCUGAAAGGCAAUUUAUCACUGAGAAAAAUCUUACUACUGACAAAAUAUUAAACAAAGAUCUAUUAAAUGACAUUACUUACUUUAAUGAAGCAGACACAAAUAUUUAUAGCGAGGAAGACCAAGCUGGAAUGGUCAAUGAGGAUAAGAUCUCAAAUGUAUUGGAAAAUAUUACAAAUACAGAAAACAGACAUUUCAUACAGAAAGAACUAUCAUACAGCAUUAACAAAACAUUUUUUUAUUUGGUCACAGCCUAUGAUAAUGAUACAGAAAAUUCUGAAACCCCGCAAAAUGAGUUCCGCCAAAAAGUUCCCAGGCAGGAAGAAAAAGCUACAGUUGUAAAGAAUAAUACGUUACACGUAACAACGGACGUUGUUCCUGCAAAAGAAGAUUUAUACAGUGACACAGAUUUAAAAGAAGAUGAUCUUCAUUUGGCAAAAAAUGUGGUAAAAAGAUCUGUUGAACAUGUAACAGAGAAUCCCACAUACUCUGCCUUAGAUACAGAUUAUUCUCUAGAAACAGAAAUCGAGGAGCCACAUUCACUAGACACAGUGGAUUUCUUUAGUACAAAUCAACCACCUGACAGCAAUGACACUAUUCAUGAUUAUAUGAAAAACCAGACGAGGGAAAGCGAUUACAAUAUUGAUGACAUCAGCAAAAAUCAGACAGUUGGAAGCAAUGACAUCACUGGUGACUUAAGUAGUAAUGAAACAACUAUUAACUCACUACUUUCAACAACUGUAACCAGUGGUAUGAAUGGAGAGCUCUAUUCUUCAGAAAAGAAUAACUUAACUGAUUAUUCAGAUUACAACAAAACACAUGAUAAAGUAAUGCCAUACUUCAAGGUAGACAGCAAUUUAAAUCUGUUGCCUAACAGGACAUUACAUAGUGCGGAGGAGAGUAAUCUACCCGAUGUUAAGAAUAAUAAUUAUAGAAAUCAAACUGCAACAAGUAAUUUUGAUUCUCCUGAAAUGAAGCCGGACACAGAAUUUACAGAAUUGUUUGGACAACAGAUAUUUGAAGAUAUAAUCCAAGCCAUAGUCUAUCAGAAGGAAAUACAUGAAACAGACGUCGAACAGCACCUUGUUACAGAAGAAACCCCUAUUGAAAGUGUGCAAAAUCAGUCACAUACACUUUUUAUCAACAAAACUCAAGAAGAGCAAAAUGCAGCAAGAAACACAGAUGUUAAAGCAAAACUUCAGUAUUUUCAAGUGAGACCAUUCAGGUACAAAACUUCAAGUAAUGGAACUAGAAUUUUACCCCGAAGGAAAAAACGAUUGGGAAACUUAAAUGGUAAUGGAACUUCAUCUCAAAAGGAUGGCAAUGACACAGUAUUUUCUCCCAGAGGAAGGAGACCACAAAUUGUAAUUGGACUUCCUGGGGCUGAUGAGGGUGAUUAUGUUGAGCAUGAUCUAGAUGAAAUUGAUGGCGAUAUACAUAUUAGAAAAGUUGAAUAUGAAGAACUUUACAAAACAGAAGCACAAGAGUACAUUAACCCAGAAAAGAUAAUACAGCAAUACCUGCGUAGUCCAAAAGGAAAGAAAAGAAUUUAUUACAUUGCUGCAGAAGAGGAACAGUGGGAUUAUUACAAAAGUUCAUUUGCAAAGGAAAGGCCAGACAGUGAAACAAGGACUACCCAAUACACCAAAGCACGGUUUCAGCAAUAUCUCGAUUCCAGUUUUAGCAAGGCUGAUGCUCCUGGUGAAUAUGGAGAACACUUGGGUAUCCUUGGUCCUGUAAUCCGAGCUGAAGUUGAUGAUAUCAUUCAGAUAACAUUUAAAAACUUAGCGUCACGUCCCUAUUCUCUUCAUGCACAUGGGGUUUCUUAUGAAAAAUCAUCUGAAGGAUUUAGAUACGAUGAUGGUACCCCAGACUGGCUUAAGAAAGAUGAUGCAGUUAAACCAGGUGAAACCUACACCUAUGUUUGGUAUGCCACACAUCAAUCAGCACCUGAAUCGGAAGGUUCAGAUUGCAGAACAUGGAUCUACUAUUCUGGAGUUAAUCCGGAAAGGGAUAUUCAUUCAGGACUCCUGGGCCCACUACUAAUCUGUAAAAGUGGAACACUUCAUAAACAUAGCAACAGACCAUUAGAUACCCGAGAAUUCGUAUUGCUAUUCAUGACAUUUGAAGAAGAGAAAAGUUGGUACUUUGAAAAAAACAAGAAAAAGACUUGCACGGAAGUCAUGGAAAAACCCUUGCAAGUGGCAAAAUGUCAUACAUUUCAUGCUAUAAAUGGCAUCAUCUACAAUCUGAAAGGCUUGGUGAUGUAUCAGAAUGAAUCAGUGCGAUGGCAUUUGAUAAAUAUGGGAGGUUCCAAGGAUUUACAUGUGGUUCAUUUCCAUGGUCAGACCAUGACAGAGAAGAUUAAAAGAGAGUCUCAACGUGGAGUCUACCCUCUUCUGCCUGGAUCGUUUGCAACAGUGGAAAUGAAGCCAUCAAAGCCUGGACAAUGGCUCUUGGAUACAGAAGUUGCUGAGUACCAGCAAGCAGGAAUGCAGGCAAUGUUUCACAUUGUUGAGGCUGAAUGCAGUUUACCAAUGGGACUUUCAAAUGGAAUUAUAUCUGACAAUCAAAUCACUGCAUCACACUAUAUAGAUUAUUGGGAGCCGAGACUGGCUAGGUUAAACAAUGCAGGAUCGUACAAUGCUUGGAGCACUGAAAUGAAUAUGUCAACAUUACCAUGGAUCCAGGUGGAUAUGCAAAGGCCAUUUUUAAUAACCGGUAUUAAAACACAAGGUGCAAGUAAAUAUUUCAAGUCAUAUUACAUCAAAGAAUUCUUUGUUGCGUACAGCUUGGAUAAUAAGAAUUGGAUAUCUUUUAAAGGAAACAGUAUAACAAAGCAAAAGUUGUUUGAUGGUAAUACCAAUGCACAAAGUAUUAAGGAUAACGUAUUUGAUCCACCAAUUUCUGCCCAAUAUAUAAGAGUAUAUCCAAUCAAAUACUACAACAGACCAACUCUUCGUAUGGAGCUAUUUGGGUGUGAAAUACUGGGGUGCUUUAUGCCUCUGGGCAUGGAAAACAGUAUUAUAAAGGAUGAGCAGAUCACGGCUUCUUCUUACAAGAGUUCUUGGUUGUCUUCGUGGGUGCCAUCUUUGGCUCGUCUCAAUAAAAUGAGCAAAACCAAUGCCUGGCAAGCAAAGUCAAGUAACGACCGCGAGUGGCUACAAAUUGAUUUUUUGAUGACAAAGAAGAUUACUGGUAUAGCAACACAGGGGGCCAAGGCAAUGACAACUGAUAUGUAUGUAAAGUCUUACAGUAUCCAGUACAGUGACAAUGGGAAAGACUGGAAGCCAUACACUGAUGAAUCAGCACCAUUGGAAAAGGUAUUCUUAGGAAAUGGAAACAGCAAUGGGCAUGUUAAGAAUGAAAUCAGACCACCAAUAUUAGCACGUUUCUUAAGGAUUAUCCCUAAAACCUGGCACAAUAGCAUCACACUGAGAUUAGAAAUCUUUGGCUGUAAUAUUUAAUGGCAGCAAGUUUCUUUUUAUGAGAACAAUUAUAACAGAAAAUUAUGCACUUACCUGAAACAACUCUAGAAUUACAGCUACAAGGCAGAGCUGUGGAUUUCAUUUGCAUCACGUUAUCAAGUGUGCAGACUUGGCAAUGGAAUAAAACCACUUUUUUUUCAUUUUUUUUUGAGUAUUAUUUAUGAUUGCUCACUCAAUAAAAAGCUGGGGGUGUUACUGGCACAGCUAAAGAUUAAAAUCAUCAUCAUCUUAAAAAACAAUGAAAUAAUGCUGCAAAAUUAAUUUGUAAAUCCCAAUCAUAUCAUAAUGUCUCCCAUGUUCUGGCAUUCCCAAGAACAUUUCAGUAUUUAUAAAUACUAUGUUAGAUUCAAGUUUUCAAGGGUAGUUUCAGUAAAAAACUUGAAUUUUUCAGGAUAAAAAAAACUCAAAUCUUUCAAGAUUUAUUAUGCCCCGAAGCUGCAAAAAACUUGAAUCCAAAAAUACUACAGCUAAAAACUGUCGAGGUCAUGUAGAAGUCAAUGGCAGAGGUCCCUUUGAAGAUGUUUUUAGCCUUUUUUCCGUUUUUUUCCUUAGUUUGCAAAACUCAUUCGAUUCGAGUUUUCCCUCUGAUUGCAUUCAUUUGAGUUUUUUACAUUCGCAUUUUUUGCUAAAUAAGCAAACAUUCCAGUUGUGAGUUUAUUUGAGGUAGAAAAGAACCUCACAAACCUCAAACUCAACCUUUGAUAAAUAACCCCCUAAAUGAAGAAUUCAUUGUUGUGUCCUAUUCCUUGAAAUGUUGGAGGACAGAGUUUACAUAAUUACUAGAUCUGCUCUAGAAGAAAUCAUUGCAAAAUGAUUGAAUUCAAAGUACAUUAAAUCAGUACAACCGUAUAUACUACUGUACCUAAUGUUAUAGACUAUCAAGUAAACUUAAAUAGACCACCAAACAAACAGAAUUUCCUCAAUUCUUAUUUUUAAUAAAAUAAAUGGAAUCUUUGGGAUUUGAGGUAAUAAAAUAUAUUGUGUACAACAUUCCUCCUUCAUUGGAUAAUGACCUUUAAUAACUUGCAGGGGUAUCAUGCGGUUUUUAGGGAACUAAAUUGAUCUAAUGAUACACAAUGAACAUGUUCAGUCCAAAACAAAGGCCAAUUAAAAAUGGCUUUUAAUGGCAUAAUACCCCUAGGCUAUGAUUAAUCCACACCCUAUGACUUAUGACUAAUAACAAACACCAAUUCAUUAUAUUUUCUGAACAGAAUGUUCUGAAAAGUUAUUUUCCAGUUCCACAAGAUAUUUUAGGAAAUCGGAUUCCUCAGCUGACUCAUAAGGAAAUAAAAUAUGAAAAAUGCAAACAAGAGGAAAUAUACUUACAUGCCAUUCUGUGAAUAAUUGUUUUUUGUUACAUUUACCUGGUGUAUGUUUUCAUUGUAUAUAGACAGUAUUCCUGUUUUGCUGUACAUUGAUUUUAUAUGUUCUGCAUUGUGGGAAAGGAGUUUUUUAACCAGUUGCAAUAUUAGUAUCCCUGAGGCAAAUGUAUUACAGAAAAACUGAAAUCUUGUGAUAGUAAAUAAAAUGAAGCUUGUAACAUGAAAAAAAUGGAGGAGGCAUUUACCUUUAAAGGGUCAUUAAAACAUUGUAACAUCCCUGCAGAAUAAAUGUGUGCUUAAUGUGUUUUAUGUUUGCCAAGAAAUAUUUUUUUUUUAUAAAAUUACGUAUUUGAAAACUAAA